GACAGCAGGCACCGGGUCAUCUGGCGCUGGAUCGUCUGGCUCGACAGCGGGCAUCGGGUCACCAGGCAUGACAGCAGGCACUGGGUCAUCAGGUACCGGAUCGUCUGGAUCGACAGCGGGCACCGGGUCAUCUGGCGCUGGAUCGUCUGGCUUGACAGCGGGCAUCGGGUCACCAGGCAUGAUAGCGGGCACACAGGGUCAUCAGGCAUUGGAUCGUCUGGCUCGACAGCGGGCAUCGGGUCACCAGGCGUUGGAUCAUCUGGCUCGACAGCGGGCAUCGGUCACCAGGCAUGAUAGGCUGGAUCAGUUCAUCAGGCUGGGUACAGACAUCAGGCUGGGGUACAGACAUCAGGCUGGGUAAAGACAUCGGGCUGGGUAAAGACAUCGGGCUGAAGUGCGGGUGCCGAGGCACCAGGCUGAACCACGGAAGGCCGGUUCUCAGACGGCAGGCUCUGACCGGUUUGGAUACUGGCAGGAUGGUACUGGUUGGAAAG